AUGGACCAUCUGCAGCAGUUCACCUUUGGUCCCCGUUUCCAGUCAGAGCCCAAAAUGAAACCUGCGCCGCUUGAUCGGCCUUCUUUUACGUUCAUCGAUCACGAUGAUGAUCUGACCUCCAAGAGGAUCAAAGAUGUCAAUGCUCGCAAAGCCAUCCGCUCUCAUGUCAUGCGCGACGUGCGCCGGCGUGAGAGGCUUGCGGGAUUGAAACGAACCUCCAGACGUGCUCAACAUGAUGCCCCAAAGGUUGCCGAGGACGAGGACGAGCAAAGAUUGGUGGUAAGGGCUCAGUCGCAGUCAUCUGCCUACUCUUCAAUCCUAGACUCAGACAGUCUCAACUAUCCUUUAUAUCAAAGAGGACGUCCAGCGAGGUGGUCUGCUGGUUAUCCUUUGCCACUCCACUCAAAUCCAAACCCACCCACCUCAUGGUUCCUCGAUCCGUUCUCUACCUUACCAGGAACCAGUGAGCUUCCUUUGAUGGUUGCCCACUUGGUGUACUACUGGAAAACCAUAUUUGUCCCCAUGACAUUUCCCAACACGGGCAAAAGUUCAACACAAGAGAUGGAGUUAAUGGUGCGGUCCUCAUUCUCGGAUAAGGGCAGCUUCUUUGGGUUAAUGAGCAUGUGCGCUGCACAUCGAGCCGUUCUCGCGAGCCAGCAUACGUGUACAAUCAACCCAGAUAGCCGAAAUCAGGCACUCGACCCUGAUUAUUGUAUGAUGAGGGCAAAAUCUAUUGGAGAAAUGAAUGCGAAGAUGCAAGAUCCGAAUCACAGACUCAGUGACGAGGCAUUUGAUACUAUCAUCAACCUUCUAACUGGCGCGCUUAUCAUCGGCGAGUUUGAAGAAGCUCGUAUUCACCUCAAAGGGCUUAAGCGUAUGGUUGAGCUGCGAGGUGGAAUAACAGAUGACAGCAUUCGUUCGUCUUCAAUGUUGUCUGCUAUCAUUACCACCGACAUCAAAGCAGCGUCCGGAUUAAUGACCAAGCCUGUCUUUCCCUUGACUUGGGAUGCCCAGCCCAUUCCUUCAGAUAUCCAGCAGCGCAUUAUGCCACAAGCUUUGUCCCCUCUCAAUAAUCUCGGAUCGGGAUUUUUCACCAAUUCCUUUAUCAGUCCCUCCUUGCAACGUAUUUUAUAUGUGCUACGGGGUAUGGUUUUCUUUAGCAUCAUGAAUCAGAUGACACCUGCGGCUAUUCAACCCAUUGAUCAGGACUUUUUCCGAGUCCUUAACUGCGAAGCAGAGCAUCAACUGCUCAGCUAUAUAUAUACAGAUGACUCUCCCAAUCCACUGGUGCAGCUUCAUCCUAUUGAAGCUGUCACUAGAGUGGCUUCAAUCUGUUUCCUUAAUCAUUUUAUGAUUGUUUCGCCUUCAUCCUCUGGCCUGGGCCGAGCCCUUACCAAACAUCUCACGACGGCAGUGGAGACUUGCAAACUAUCUUUUCUACAGGAGCUACCCAAGGAAAACUUCGGUCUAUAUACUUGGGCACUCUUCGUCGGAGCUCAGGGCUCUCAAGGCCAGGCUGAACGAGCCUGGUUUGUGGAGCGUCUGGCCCACGUUGCAAUGAUCUGUGUGUGGCAGUCGUGGGAACAAGUCUCAAAAGUAAUGGCCAAAUAUUUCUUUGUUAUGACGUUGGAUGGCUUGAGCUGGCGAUCUGUCUGGGACGAAGCAAUGACUGGGUUUGUGAUCCCUGAAGCGGAAGAAAUGGAGUGUCUUCUCGAACGAGAUGCACCCAUUAAUUAG